ACAAACUUUAUAAAGACAAACUGCAUCUUAAGUGUCAUUUUUUUACAAGAAUGAACUGCAAAGGCAGAGCUUUUAUUCAUGAAGAUAAACUUCAGGUUACAACUGUUCACAGUUGCAGUUCAAGAGAAACAGACUUUUGCAAGUGCUGCUUGCUAAAAGUACCAUGAAGAAAAAAGCAGAUGAAGACCUGCGCUUAAUUUUUCAAAACACUUUGAGUGAGUUUCCUGCAGUUGUUUCUGAAUCUGUCAGUUUUCGUCAAAUUAUCCCAAGUCUUCAGAAAAGGAGAAGACUAAAUGAGCCUUCAAACCCAAAAUUACCUAAUGAAGCUGCUGAAGUUCUGAACGACAAAGAGUUCCAUCGCUAUGGAGACAUUUUCUUGGGAUCAGUUGCAGAACAGGAUAACGUAGCAUUGCUGUUUGGGCAUAUGCUAGUCAUCAACAAGGCGAAAUCGGCCAAAGUGUGUUUUGUUGAUGGAACAUUUAGCAUGACACCACGCAUGGAGGAAAGUAAGUGGUAUCAGCUCUUGAUAUUUUCUGUUGAGUAUUUAGCAGUACUUGAAGAUCCAAUUCCAGAUGAGGAUCAAAUAAAUUUUGAUCCUGAUAACCCUCACCUUUGGGGAAUAUCUGUUCCAGCUGUAUGCGCUUUAAUGACAUCGAAAUCCGAGGCUCUAUACAAGCUUGUUUUUUCCAAAAUAAAAGAAGUUUUAGAUUUCUCUCCAGUCACCAUUAUGUCAGAUUUUGAACGAGGACUACAUAAUGCUUUAAAAACAACUUGGAGUGAAAGCUUGGUGAAUGGUUGCAGGUUUCAUUUUGAAAAUGCAAUCACCAAGCAAUUAGCAAUUCUUAGUCUUCAGAGAGAAUACCGCCACCAAAUUCAAGUAAAGAAGUGGGCAAGGAAAGUUUCAGCACUUUGUCUCCUUCCUGCAAACAAGAUCUUGGUUGCUUGGGGAUCUCGAGUUAUUGAGAUUGAACAAUUUAGUCGCAAAAUCAAAAUCAAACUACUUGCUUUUAAAAGGUAUUUUGAGAGUUAUUGGCUCAAUAUAGUGACCCCAGAAGGAUUCAGUGUUUAUGGCUUGAACCACAAAACUAAUAACAAUGCAGAGAGUCUCAAUAGACGUUUGAAAUCAAACAUGGUUGAUCAACAUAGAGGAUUUUGGCAGUUUAUGAAAAUGCUUAACCAGCAUGUAAUAGUCCAUAAAAUUCAAGAGCUUCAACAGCUUGCCUGCAAUCAGCCAGUCCGCCGUGACCAACGCGACUAUGGUGCAAUUGAAAAAAUGCGUUGUUUUGAGAAAAAACUUUGAGACGGAGUUUGGACAACUGAGAGAUUCCUAUCAACAGUAUCAUAUCUCUUUCAAAACUUCAAAGUAGUUGCUUUGGAUGAAAACUCAAUGAACGAGGUUGGUGAGAGUCUUCCUUUGCCAACUUCUACUUCAACAGAGUCACCGAAGUGCGUUGUUUGUACCGUCAAUGAACGAAAUGCAUUAGUAAUGCCUUGCAGACA